GAAUGAUUUGUAUUAAGCCAGGAACCAUCCCAUUAAUUUUCUGACAAUAAAAGUUAAUUUGUUAAAGUUUUUCGGGAAAAUGGCUGGUGUAGUUUUAGAGACGUUGAGCUGGAAAAAGUUGAUUAUUUUAGGAUUACUUUUGUUAUUCCUGCUGAUAUCGUUUUUCCUGAUUGGUGGAUUAAUAGCACCCAAUCCUUCAAAUGUAAUCAAUGUUCUUGGUACGAUUUGUAAGAACGAGGGAGGUAUAGGAAACAAAGAGUGGGUUUAUACCCUAGAGGUGGUCACGAGAAAAUGUAUACAGUAUGAUAAUCUAGACGUUCCCGGGAUCGAGGACGACAGAACUUCAGCUAACCAGAUCGUGUUUGCGUUUUGGAUGCCACAUGUGAGAGAGGGAAAGCAGCUGGACUUUAGUCGCUGGCAACAGACAAUGAUAGGCGUGUUACAACUUGAUAUUAUAUAUGAUGAAAAGGUUGAAGUUGAAGAGGAUGCUACCAUUCAACUUGACGCCAGGAUAGGCUACAGAAACAAAGACGAUGAUGUUAACGACUGGAAGGAACUAGCGAAAUCCCUCGAGGAACGUAAUCUGAACUGUAAAAUGGAGGGAAAGAAGGAAAAUGGCUAUGCAUACGAUUGUGACCCACUGUCAUUCUUUGAGCUUGGCAGUGUCCAUCAUGACUACUAUCUUGUAAAUAUUAAAGUCCCAGUGGAGCCAUAUAAAGGGAUCAACAUGGGAAUUGGAAAACUAAGGGACAUCACUCUUGUU